AUGCACGGGGGCAAGAGAGGACUGGUGGCCCCGCAAAAUACCUUUCUGGAGAAUAUCGUCCGACGCUCCAGUGAAACCAGUUUUUUGCUGGGAAACGCGCAGAUCGUGGAGUGGCCUGUGGUGUAUAGCAAUGAUGGUUUCUGCAAGCUGUCAGGCUAUCACAGAGCUGAGGUCAUGCACAGGAGCAGCACGUGCAACUUCAUGUACGGCGACUUGACGGACAAGACCACCAUGGACAACAUUCGACAAACCUUCGACAACUACGAGUCCAACUUCUAUGAAGUCCUCCUCUACACGAAAAACAGAACGCCAAUCUGGCUAUACAUGCAAGUGGCGCCCAUCCGCAACGAGAACAACAAAGUGGUGCUUUUCUUAUGCACCUUCCGAGACAUCACCCUAUUCAAGCAGCCUAUUGAAGAUGAAGCCACGCGAGGCUGGACAAAAUUCGCCAGGCUAACGCGAGCGCUAACCAACAAUCGCAACCUGGUCCAGCAGAUGGCGCCGCUAAGCAAGACGGAGGUCACCCACAAACCGUCCAGAUUGGCAGAGGCCCUCCAGCUGGGCUCGGAUAUCCUCCCCCAGUACAAGCAGGAAGCCCCCAAAACCCCGCCCCACAUCAUCCUGCACUACUGCACCUUCAAGACCACGUGGGAUUGGGUGAUCCUCAUCCUCACCUUUUACACGGCCAUCAUGGUGCCCUACAACGUCUCCUUCCGCACGCGGCAGAACAACCUGGUUUGGUUGGUACUGGACAGCAUCGUGGACGUCAUCUUCCUGGUGGACAUCGUACUCAACUUCCACACCACCUUCGUGGGACCUGCCGGCGAGGUCAUAUCGGAUGCCAGGCUCAUCCGCAUGAACUACGUUAAGACCUGGUUCGUCAUCGACCUGCUGUCGUGUCUGCCUUACGACAUCAUCAAUGCCUUUGAGCAUUUCGACGAGGGUCUCAGCAGCCUCUUCAGCUCACUGAAAGUCAUCCGUCUCCUACGUUUGGGCCGAGUGGCCCGCAAACUGGACCACUACUUGGAGUACGGCGCCGCCGUGCUGGUCUUGCUGGUGUGCGUCUUCGGGCUGGUGGCCCACUGGCUGGCGUGCAUCUGGUACAGCAUCGGCGACCACGAGGUCAUCGACGAGACCACCAACAGCAUCAAGACCGACAGCUGGCUCUACCAGCUGGCGCUCAGCAUCGGGACGCCGUACCGCUACAACGCUAGCGGCACGGGGCAGUGGGAGGGCGGCCCCAAUAAGGACACGCUCUACAUUUCCUCGCUGUACUUCACCAUGACUAGCCUGACCACCAUCGGAUUUGGCAACAUCGCGCCCACCACGGAUGGGGAGAAGAUCUUCUCCGUGGCCAUGAUGAUGGUGGGAUCGUUGCUGUACGCCACCAUCUUCGGAAACGUGACCACCAUCUUCCAGCAGAUGUACACCAACACCAACCGCUACCACGAGAUGCUGAACAAUGUCCGCGACUUUCUGAAGCUUUACCAGGUCCCUAAAGGUCUCAGCGAACGUGUCAUGGACUUCAUCGUCUCCACUUGGGCCAUGUCGAAGGGCAUAGACACAGAUAAGGUUUUGUCGAUCUGCCCCAAAGACAUGCGGGCGGACAUCUGCGUCCACCUGAACCGUCAGGUGUUCAACGACCACCCAGCCUUUCGCUUGGCUAGCGACGGCUGCCUGCGUUCGCUAGCCGUGGAAUUCCAGACCACCCACUGCGCGCCCGGCGACCUCAUCUUCCACAUCGGCGAGAGCGUCGACACGCUCUGCUUCGUCGUUUCCGGCUCUCUCGAAGUCAUCCAGGACGACGAAGUCAUCGCCAUAUUGGGCAAAGGCGACGUUUUCGGUGAUGUCUUCUGGAAAGAGAGCACCAUGGCGCGAGCCUGCGCUAACGUGCGAGCGCUUACCUACUGCGACCUGCACGUGAUCCGGCGGGAUCCACUGAUGCGGGUUCUAGAGUUCUACACGGCUUUCGCGCACUCCUUCUCGCGCAACCUUAUCCUCACUUGCAACCUACGCAAACGGGUAAUCUUUCGAAAGAUCGCUGACGUGAAGCGAGAGCAAGAGCGUCAACGGACCGAGGUGGCGCUAUCCAUUCCAGACGACCAUCCAGUCCGGAAGCUUUUCCAGAGAUUCCGGCAGCAAAGGGACGGCCAGACAGCGGGAGAGUAUCUCGACGGCAACUGCGUGCAGGAAGAGUCGCCGCACGCCAACGCGACUCAUGGCCAAGCGGAGAAGUCGGAGCAAAACUGCACCGCGGAUGUCGUCGCUUCCCAACCGACGGCUUGCGUAGAGAAGCCGCCAAGACUAGGGGUCAACAGAGAGGGAGCCGGGAGCGUGGCUGCCCGAAGAGGAGGGGCUAGAGGUUGGGCAAAGUUUAAAAACGCUACCUCGACCGCACCUCCGACCGAGCAAGAAAAGCCACCAGAGAAGGCGGAGCCUCGGACAAAAGGAUCUCUGUCGUCCGAGCAGAUAGCGACUGACAAGAAUCAGAAGGACCAAGGGGAGGUUGGGAAUGCAGGAGAAGCAACCGCUCUGCAUAAAACAGACUCCUGCGACAGCGGCAUCACUAAAAGUGACUUGCGCAUUGACAGGGUCGGAGACUCCAGGAGCUCCUUCGAACGCAGCCCCAUGGAACGAAGCCCCAUGGAGCGGAACCCCUUCGGCCAGGAGCGGGACCUGCUGCAAGCGUCGCUUUACGACGCCAAGGUGGAGCUGACAGCUGAUAUUCGGGCGCUCGGCAGCCGGCUUGCUGUUCUCGAGGCUCAAGUGGGCGAGAUUCUCCGGUUGCUAACUGUCAAAAGAAGACUCUCACUGCCUCCCACGUCUUCACCGAGGCCCAGGUUCAAAAGUCAAGAUGCUGUCGCCGCUUCAGUUAGACCCAGAAAAGACGACGGGCCCUUUUGA